AUGGUGGAGACCAAGACCGUCGGCUCUGCUGAUGGCACGCCUCCCGGCGGCGCGGCAUCCCACCGCACGUUUGGGGCCGGGUACAUCGCCCCGCACCCCUCGAUCCGCAAGGACGCUGUGGACGUGGACAGCUAUCUGCAGGAGCACCAGGUGUACACCAGCGAGUACCUGGAGAGCGUGCAGCCGGCCCACGAGUAUGCGGCCUGGUACUGGCAUGUGGCAGCACGCACCCUGGUGGGGCUGCUGACCGGCACCCUGGGCGCCCCCGCCGACCGCCUGACCGAGCGCAGCCUGGGCAAGCGCAUCCUGUGCUUCACCUCCGUGGGCACCGUGAGCGGGCUGGCAGGCAAGCCCUGGGGCCGUGGCGCCGUGUUUAACCACGUGCGCAGCAUUCUCUUCAACAAGCCCGACAACGGCUGGGUGCACACAGCGGCAGCCAACGCCGAGUGCGUGCGGGCCCACGCCGGCAUCGUCGCCAACACCACCUGGACCCCCGCCCAGCCGCCGCUGUGGGCCCGCCUCUUCCACCUCAUGUUCCAGGCUCGUGUGGUGAUGUUCCUCCAGAUCCUGCCCGUCUACUUCUUCCUGCCCUCGGCGGCCUACGCCUACGAUGCCUUCAGGGCGGAGGAGCAAGUCUACAGCCAGGCCAUCAGCCUCAUCGGCUCCGGGCGCUUCAAGACCUGGAAGUCCACCAGGGCGCCUGGCCUGGGGGUCUCCUAUUACGCCCUGCCGGAGGGUGCCAUGCUGCGUGAUGCGCUGCUGAGGAUGAGGGCCGACGAGGCGUGCAUCCACCAGCUGAACAUUGUGCUGGCGGAGCUCAACCCCGGCGACAAGAACCCCUUCAUCACCAUGGAGCGCAAGUCCAAGUAG